GUGCCAAGAGCCACCAGCAGCACAACACAGAAAAUUACCAGUGCUCCACAGCUAUAGUCUCGCUCUCCCACCUCGCCCCUUCACUGAUAGGCUGAGAAGUAGGUCUUCUCUGCGCAGCCAAUCAGAAACUGAAUCGAAUUCUAACCAAUAAAAGUCGGGCAUAGGCGCAUUAUGACGUCUUGUUGGGUUCUGACCAAUGAAAGUAGGCAACGGGAAUGCUGCUCAUUUGCAAGAGGCAGCUAUAAAGAUGUGGCCCCCGAAUCAGUACACUCUGAUUCUUUCUCCACUCUUUCCUCUGUUGUUCUUGGGAUCUGUGAGACAGGCGCUCACUGCGAUGCCUGAGCCAGCCAAGUCCGCUCCUGCGCCCAAGAAGGGUUCCAAGAAGGCGGUGACCAAGACGCAGAAGAAGGGGGACAAGAAGCGCAAGAAGAGCCGUAAAGAGAGCUAUUCCAUCUACGUCUACAAGGUGCUGAAGCAGGUGCACCCCGACACGGGCAUCUCGUCCAAGGCCAUGGGCAUCAUGAACUCUUUCGUUAACGACAUCUUCGAGCGCAUUGCCGGCGAAGCCUCGCGCCUGGCGCACUACAACAAGUGUUCCACCAUCACGUCUCGGGAGAUCCAGACGGCUGUGCGGCUCCUGCUGCCGGGUGAGCUGGCCAAGCACGCGGUCUCCGAGGGCACCAAGGCUGUCACCAAGUACACCAGCUCCAAGUAGAGCGCCUCAGAGCGACAGUUUUAACCCAAAGGCUCUUUUAAGAGCCACCCAUGUUUUCAAUAAAAGGGCUGUUCAGUCAA